UGAUCGUGCAUAUUUUUAGAAAUUUUGUGAAAAAAAUAUAUCCAAAAGCAGUUUUAUAGAGAUUUGCUGAUUUAUUGACCGAUCGAGUAGCGUGGUUGAGUGAACAAGUAAAAGGCAACCACAUAAACGAUCUGUGUUUUUGAAUAGCGAUUUGUUUGUAGUCGCCAAUUAGAUAUAGAGACAUUCUGUAAAUCGAAUAGAGAGACGACAGCAGCAACAAAAAUGGUGCAAAAUGGGGACGACACAAAAACUCAGCAACAAACUGGCCUGCUUAUUGAGCGUGAAAUGUUUCUUGACAAAGCCGGCAAAUAUGAAAAUCUUCGAAUCGCCAAAAAUGUGAUUUUGAUUGGAAUGGCUUUUAUGCUGCAAUUCACUGCAUUCCAUGGCACAGCCAAUUUACAAUCAUCCAUCAAUUCAGAUGGUGCAGUCGGCGUUUAUACUUUGGCAGCGAUCUACGGCUCAUUGAUUCUAUCGAAUAUUUUCCUACCUGUCAUGGUCAUCAGAACGCUUGGAUGCAAAUGGACAAUGGCAUUAUCGUUUAUGGCUUAUGUGCCGUUUAUAUUGUCACAACUUUAUCCACGAUUAUACACAAUGAUUCCAUCUGGAUUAGCUGUCGGUUUUGGUGGUGGACCUCUGUGGUGCGCGAAAUGCACAUAUCUGACGGUAAUUGCUGAAGCGCUUGCCAUUUUCAAUGGAAAAAAUAGCAAGUCUGAUGCAUUAGUUGUGCGAUUUUUUGGGCUAUUUUUCAUAUUUUACCAAAUGGCGCAGGUUUGGGGUAAUUUAAUCUCAUCAUCAGUUUUAUCGUACGGUGAGCCAGCAAUACAAUAUUCAAAUGAUACAAUUGAAGCAAUGGCAUUUGAGGAGCUUAGUAAAAAUGUGGCAAAACUUUGCGGAGCCGAAUUUUGUCCGGGAAUUACUGCGGCAAAUAAUCCAAAUUUAACGCCGCCAGACAAAUCAAAAGUGCAAAUGUUGAUGUUGAUUUUCUUGGCGAUGAUGAUUGGUGCGAGUCUUUUAAUUGCGGUUGCUGUUGAUGGUUUAAAGCGUUAUGAAAUGGGCCGAAAAGGCAGUGGAUCGGAAUUAUCGGGUAUUCGUUUGUUAUCGGUGACCGUAAAGCAAUUGAUGCAAGUGAAGCAAAUUUUAUUACUACCAAUCACAAUGUUCAUUGGCGCUGAACAAGCAUUUAUGGCGGUUGAUUUUACAUCGGCAUUCAUUGCAUGCGGAUGGGGAAUUCCUCGAAUCGGUUAUGUGAUGAUUUGUUUCGGAUUAGCGAAUACGAUUGCGGCAGCUCUAACAAGUUUUGUGGCAAAAAUUGUGGGCCGAAACAAGAUUUUAACGUUAACACUCGUUUUACAUGGCACAUUAUUGAUGUGGAUGCGUCAAUGGGCAGCUGUUCCAAACGAUUUUGUCGCAUACUGCUCGAUGGCUGCCAUUUGGGGCUUACUCGAUGGAACAUGGCUUGUUAUUAUUAAUUCAUAUUAUGGUAUACUAUUCCGCGGUCAAGAAGAGGCUGCAUUCAGCAAUUUCCGGCUAUUUGAAUCAUGUGGCUCAGUAAUAGCGUACAGUUUAAGUCCCAUGCUAUGCGCUUCCACAAAAAUCGAAGCAUUAUUUGCACUUAUGCUGAUUGGCAUUAUUGGCUAUGCAAUUGUAGAAUUCAAGAGAAACAACGAAUUCCAAACGGAAGCCAAAAACUCAAUGCCGUAUAAACAAGCCAAUGACGAUACAAAAUGUUAGAAUUAUUACAUUUGACUUUAAUUUAAUGUGAAAUCAAUAUUUAGGCAUUAAUAUUUUGAUACAUUCUUUAGACGACAAUAAAAACAACUAGACAUUCCAUUCAGUAUUACCAAAAA